AUGGCGAACAGCUGGCGCGCCCGUCGUCGACUGACACUCAUGGUCACUGCACAGUGCACGCGGCGCUCGGUCGUGCCCAAAGUCCAGCACCUCGGUCUUCGUUGGCUUCUUGGAUUCACAUCCAUGUACCCUCUGUUUUUGGGAGUUCGAAUCAAAGCGGACGCCCUGCGGGCGCUUGCUUCCGUCUGCCAGCGACAGCUUGGCGCUCUUGGCUCAAAGCAGACGGCGGAGCCGCGGCGUGUGACUUCCCCAGUUCCUCCUGACGACGUCCAACCUGACGUUGAGUUGCAUCAUCGAGUCUGCCGGCUUGUUGGAAGAUUCUACACGGGUGUCGCUGUAGGCCCUCAUGGGUCACUCAAGAAGGACAUUCUAGUUUAUCUGAAAUGCAGGCAAGCAAUUUUUCACACCAGCCUCCCAUGCCAACGGGGCGAUAAUCUGACUGACAGGGGAUCUGCUGAUGCAAUUCGGCUAAUUCUUAAUGAUCAAGCAAUUCCUUAUAUGGAGUUUCACGUCGGGCGCUCCAUAACAUCUGAGCGGUUUAGGAACGAGUUUAUGCGAGCAAAAUUACCAGACAAUUUACCGUACUACUCAGACGGGUUUUGCGAGAUGGCUGGAGCGGGAACAGUCCUGCGGUACAUUGCAGAAAAGACUAACUUAAUGGGCGUCUCCCCGGCAGACAAAGUCAAAAUACAGUCUAUUGUCGAAUAUGGUUUCUCUGUCUUGCAUUCACUAUGGAAAGCCGAUUGCCAAUGUGGCGAGACAGAGAGGCUUAGUGAAGAUCGCGCCAAAGCGAAGUUUGUCAAGAACAAACUAUUUCCCAUUCUUCGGAGUCUGAAUUCCCUAGUCCCAGUUUAUGACGAGCAUUCUGCGCUGACACCCGCUGCCCUCGUCGAUGAAGAUAGCGCUCUGAGUCUUACGCCACGCCCUCAGAAAAAAUGGAUAGCAGGCUUCGUAAGGAGUUCGAAAUUGCACGCUCAAAAUUUCCUUUCAUUUUUCUUCAGUUCUCUGUUGCUGAUAUCAUCGGAAUUCGGGUCAAGCAUUCUCCUUCCCUUCGUUAACAUCACAAAACACUCGCAAGCUGUUGAGUACUACAGGCCCAAUAUCAGGGCAUUCUCUGAAUCGCCUCAUCGUUACUGA